CAAAAAGGCUCCUCGCAGUUCUCCCUUCCUCUCUACUCCUUUCAGCAGCGUUUUGACCAUAUAGGAUGAACAUUUUCGCUCAAUACAAGUACAUGGAGGAAGUCAAGCAUGUACUCAUGGCAACUCUGUGGUCUGACAACAGCAGUGCACCUCUGCCACCCAAUGUAUCAGAGUCUCCAAUCGCAGCUGACUGGGAUAUGGUCCACACCAUCAUCCCCCCGUACAUCUUCACCCUCUCCCUGCUAGGCCUCAUCUUUAACAGCUUCGUCCUGGGGGUUUUCUUCGCCCACAGGGAUCGACUGACUGUAGCAGAGAUCUACCUGAGUAACCUGGCGCUGGCUGACUUUAUCCUCCUGUGUAGCCUCCCCUUCUGGGCGAUGAGCAUCCUCAACCAAUAUAACUGGCCUUACGGGGAUUUCUUAUGCAAAAUGGUCAACUCCGUCAUCGUUGUAAAUAUCUACACAAGCAUUUACACCCUUGUGAUGAUUAGUGUGGACCGCUACCUGGCUAUAGUUAGAACCAUGAAGGCAAGACGGCUGAGACGGACGCUCUACGCCAAGGUCAUCUGCUUCAUCCUGUGGAUACUUGGGUUCAUAUUGAGCACUCCCACCAUGGUUCAUAGAAAGGUAAUCUUCUUGGAGGAGUAUAAAACGACAGCCUGUGUACUGGAAUAUAGUCACCGCAGCUCCUUGAAGUUGGCCCAUCAGAUUCUGAUGAACGUGGUGGGCUUUGUCCUGCCUGUUCUGGUCAUCGUGCUCUGCAGUGGGAGAAUAAUCAUACAUUUGGCUCAGCGGAGGGAGCGUGUAGCUUUUCAUGACAUUAAAGACACAAAGGCCACACUGCUGAUGUAUGCCGUCACACUACUUUUCCUGAUUUGUUGGGGUCCCUUCCAAGUGUUCACCUUCCUCGACAUACUCUGUGACAUCCAAGUGGUGGAUGAGGAGCUGUGGUUCCACACGCUGGAUAUAGGAGGCCAGAUUUCAGUGUAUCUGGCCUUUCUCAACAGCACCCUCAAUCCGCUGCUGUACGUCUUCUCAGGGCAGUACUUUAGGAGGAAGGUUAGCGCCAUCUACAGGAGGACUAGACACACUCGCAGAGGGUCAGAUAUGACCACAUUCCAACGCUCAGUCGUGUCCACCUACAUCAACAGACCGGAGCAGAUUAAGCUUGUGGUGAUUUUUUAACGCAAUGGAGUGGUUUUGUCUAACUUAAUAUGAUUAUAUCUCAUUAUUACUCUUGAUGUCAACUCCAGAUAAAUCAAUUGCCUUAAAACUACUACAACCUCGACUUCCAAAAGCAAAAAAAAAAAGGCCUGAAUUCCUCGUAAUUCCUUGUAAGGCCUUAUUAGUAAUAAUUGCUGAGAGUAAAGCAACCUUGUUAUUAAGUUCCUCAAAAUUAGAUCAUGUCUUAUUUGAAAUAACAUACUGUGUAUAACGUAUAACAGAACAUUUCUUUCCCUGCUGUCAAAAAGAAUGUGUCUGAAUCCUUUUCAACUGUUACCUUAGUGUUCUUCUUCAUUGUCAUUCUUUGUUUAUAAUCCACAAAACACUUUGCAUGGGGUUAACAUGGGAGAACGGUCUCCACAUGCACUUUGUGUACAUCACACAGCCUACACUAUAUUAAAACAAAGCAUCUAUGUAGAGGACAUAUGCAAGAUGUUUCUGCAUUUUUAAAGCUUGUUUACUAUAGUCCUACCACAAUUUCUAUGGUGGUGGAACAAACUACCAAACUCCAUUCGAUCUACAGAGUCCCUUUGCACCUUUAAGAAAAAGCUUAAGCGCCAGCUCUCUCAUGAAUACCUACGACCUUAAUGAUGAUGAUGACGAUGGUUUGGAUAUUAUUGAUGAUGAUGAUGUUGACGAUGGGUUUGUUUGAUAACGGUGUUUUUAAGAUGGUUUCUAAAUUGAUUAGAGUUAUCAAGAACUGCCGUCGAUGUUGGGCUCCGCCUCUGUGCAUUGCCUGUCAGCAUCUGUGUGUCCAAUCGGACUCAAAGCUGAUCGUUUGUUCUGACAUUGUUUCCUUUUUUUCUUAGUGUCUGCUAAGUGAAUUGUAGAUUUGUAAUAGUGCUGACAUUAAAAACUAUGUCCUCAAUAUUAAAAAAAAGAAAUAAAAACAUCAAAAGUUUCAAAGAAGUAUGCUUUUAUUGAUUAGCAGGUCAAGUUAGCAUUUGAUGUAAAGACAAUUGUCUAUAUCUUUAGAUAACUUUGAAUAUAAUGACCAGUAUGAUCUACUUAAUUUUAGGGACAUGUUUUAAGUAAAAAGAAAGAUGAAUUAUGUUUUUUUCUUUUGUAAGGCUGGGAGUAAAUUAUAUCUUCUGAAAGUCACAAUGUAUAAACUAAUGAAACGUUGAAUGUGUAUGCUGCAAGGUGACAGACAGAUGGUUAACUUUGAUUUAAAUUAAUUAUAUAUUUUCA